CUAACACUAAGAAUCAUGGAUCUAAGUCUGGAACGCGAUAGCUCCGCGCUGGGUAGUCUGUUUCAGCAGAUUAUCAAUGACAUGAAGGUGAUACUAUUGUCAUCAUGAGAACUCUCAUGCUGUUCGUAUUUGGCUUUGCUAGUUCCUGGGCCGCGGACUACGAGCUUUUGCUGGAGGACUCUGAUAUCUUCUCACCCUGCACUGAACCGCCGCCCGGAUCGAUUGGAUUCCACGAUGCCUUCGACAUUAGCGAUCUGGUAAUCGACCAGGACAUGGACGUCAUUCACCUGUCCGAGAGUAUCACCUCAAUCUGGGAUGUGGAGCCCACAGAUCGCAUAUCCGCCAGGUUUGCAAUAAUGCACUACAGCCGCGGCAGCUGGGAACCAACUGUAUUUAGCAUGGCCACGCCGGACUUCUGCGCCUCAAUGUUUGAUGAGAAUCAGUCGUGGUUUAAGUACUGGACCAAACACAUUUCGAACCGCGAUGAGGUGAUGGAGAAGUGUUUUAAAACGCGUGGUACCGUUCUGAGGCACAAUCCCUUCGAUCUGCAGCUGCGUCUAACGGACAUUCGUGGUGCAACUCUCAGCGGUCGUUACAAAGCUGUGGUCACCUUUGAGGCUGUCGAUGAGAAGGAUGUGCCGCGCCGUAAUUCCAUUUGCUUCGAAAUCAGGGGAGAGGCCGAGAAGAUAAACUAAUUGAGGGCUUAAUCUGUUCAAGGCGCGAUAUCAAUAGCCUAACAAACAAUAUAAAGCCAAUAUAUACAUAUUUUGGAAAAUAAAGAGCAAUCUUAAAUAAAAUA